AUGGCCGGAUUUCACCUACCUAGAGACACUUACUUCCCUAAUGAGGGAAACGCCGGAUGGCUCGAGGCAAAACGCGAGGAGAUGAUCGAGGAGGAUCCCGAGGAAGACCCGGAGGAGAUGGAUGAAGAAGAAGAAUCAGAAGAGGAAGAAGAAGAAGAGGAACCAAAAGAGGAAGUCAUCAACCCUCCGUACAUCGCUAGGGUGCUUGCGAACCGCUUUGGCCACAACGGACCUAAGCCCUAUUGGGCAACAAUGAUCGAGAGGUGGAGCCGUCAACAACGCCAACGGUCACCAUAUGGCGACCAACAUGUUUACUACGACCUUAGCCAUGGAGGACCGGCUGACAGGGCCCUCCUCGUCAUGGUCUAG